GCGCAGGACCGAUGUGUGCGUCCGGAGAGCCGGGAUCGGUCUGAACGGGGAUUUUUUGACGCUCAGCGGGAGGUCUACCUUUUCAGAAAAUGGACGCGUUGAAUAAGCUGAAGCAGUUUGACGCUUAUCCCAAAACUCUGGAGGAUUUCCGAGAGAAGACGUGGGGCGGAGCGACCGUGACCGUCAUCAGCGGGGUCAUCAUGCUGAUCCUGUUCAUCUCCGAGCUGCAGUACUAUCUCACCAAAGAGGUUCACCCGGAGCUUUACGUCGACACGUCGCGAGGAGACAAACUGAAAAUCAACAUCGACGUGAUCUUCCCCCACAUGCCCUGCGCCUAUCUCAGCAUAGACGCCAUGGACGUCGCCGGCGAGCAGCAGCUGGACGUCGAGCACAAUCUGUUCAAACUGCGGCUGGACAAAGACCUGAAAGCCGUCACCCAGGAGGCCGACAAACACGACCUCGGCAUGGCCGACGACGGAGAAGUGUUUGACCCCAGUUCACUGGACCCCAAACGAUGCGAGAGCUGCUACGGAGCCGAGACCGAAGACCUCAAGUGCUGUAACACCUGUGAUGAUGUGCGCGAGGCGUACCGGCGGCGAGGCUGGGCGUUCAAGAACGCGGACACCAUCGAGCAGUGCAAGAGGGAGGGCUUCUCGCAGAAGAUGCAGGAGCAGAAGAACGAGGGCUGCCAGGUCUACGGCUUCCUGGAGGUCAACAAGGUGGCAGGAAAUUUCCACUUCGCUCCAGGAAAAAGCUUCCAGCAGUCUCACGUGCACGUGCACGCUGUGGAAAUUCACGACCUGCAGAGUUUCGGCUUAGACAACAUAAACAUGACCCAUCUGAUAAAGCACCUGUCGUUUGGGAAAGAUUACCCCGGCAUCAUUAACCCGCUCGACGAGACGGACGUCACGGCACCACAAGCAUCCAUGAUGUACCAGUAUUUUGUGAAAAUUGUUCCCACCAUCUACGUGAAAACUGACGGAGAGGUGGUAAAAACCAACCAGUUCUCUGUCACCAGACACGAGAAAGUGGCCAACGGGCUGAUCGGAGACCAGGGCCUGCCGGGCGUGUUUGUUCUGUACGAGCUGUCGCCCAUGAUGGUUAAAUUCACAGAGAAACACCGAUCCUUCACACACUUCUUAACGGGAGUUUGUGCCAUUAUCGGCGGCGUGUUCACAGUGGCCGGUCUGAUCGACUCGCUCAUCUACCACUCUGCUCGGGUCAUCCAGAAGAAGAUAGAGCUGGGGAAGGCUUCUUAACGCGCCCCCCCCCCCCCCCCCCCCCCCCCCCGACUGAGACACGGACACAAGAGACGGAGAGAAGACGGCGGCUUUGUCCUUCUGACGAUUCAAAACAGCCAUGUUUGUUGUUGUUUUUUUGUUUUUUUUUCCUCAUUUUUGGGUGGUUGUGGAGAAAAACCACUGGAGAUUUUCCUCUUCGCGUCCUGCAUCAGUGGCGCUCGGACGCCACGCGGAACACGUGUGUCGGAGGAUCCACGGGGCCGAGGGGCGCUUUUAAAGGACCACGUCACCUGAUGAACUCCUCCUCAAGACAACGAUCCCUUAAUAUAAUAAAUAUAUUGAGACCUGUUGGUUUUAGCGAUAAGUUCGGUCGUCUAUAUUUUUGUCAACAAAUCCCAGGAAGUAAACAAAACACAUGUGGAUUAAUCCGCCGCUGAAAGUAGUCCCCGGCUUGUGGAAGCACCUUCAGGCCUCAACGUGGGAUUUGUUGACAAAGCACAGAAACGCUGAUCAUCCCGUCCUCGUUGUGUCUGUUUUUAAACCUUUUGAAUGCAGUAACCUCAAGCUACGAUUUAAGAUUCCGAUCUGACCGAGAGUCUUGAAAGAAAAUCUUCUGGAUGACGUGUUUUUAAAGACUUUUUUUUUUUCAUUUGAAAAUUACUUGAUUUUUUUUUUUCCUCCCAAAGAAACUGCCAAAUUAG